AAUGUCAAAUAAGAAUUGAUUUUUAGAAGCCCUGUCAAUUAAAGAACAUGGCGGGUACAAUUCAUGGUUAAUAUUUGUUAAUAUUUAGCGAUUUUACAUUUUAUCACCACGUGAAGAUUGUGAAUUGUUUCUUUAACAUUUUAAGUUAUAAAUUGGUGUUAAAUUAGCCCGGUGUUGAUAAGCAGUCGUAAAAAGAUUGUUUUAGCUUCAAUUAAUACACAGAAAGGACUUUCUACGUAGUGUAUCUGUGCCAUAUAAAUUAUUUUUUAGGUAGACAUGUCGUGGCCUGCGUGGCCUACAGGCACACCUGCUUUACCCACAGCUGUACCAGGCGCUGUAUUACCCAAUGCGAUUAAUGCUGCGCCGGCUAUCACUCCAAUGGGUUACAGUCAAGAACAGUGGGCUCAAGCGCAACAGCAGAAUUGGCAACAGUGGGCGCAGUGGCAACAGCAAUACCAACAAUGGCAUCAGCAAUACGGAGCGGAGUAUCAAAAAUCUUUAACUGCCAUGCAAGGGGCGGUUCCCACUCCUAUGCAAAUGCAACCACCGCUACCAAUAUCAGCAGCAGCUCCUCCAUUGCCUGACAGUAAGCCUCCACUUCCAAAAGAAGAUCCUCCUAUGCAGCCAUCGGCAGUUUCGGCGUAUUCAUCAGUCCCACAGACGGGUUAUUCCACUGCUGCUCCUAUGAUGCAACAACAAAUGCAUUUCCCUUCUUAUUAUCCAGUGCAACAAACACUGCCAACGUGGCAGACACAAAAUGUCGCUCAAAAACGACCAUAUACUCAAGAAAUUGAAACUGAUCCUGCUAAGAAAGCAUUGCUGGAUAAACCUGUAACUAAUCAGUGGAAUCAACAAAUGCCAGGAGCAAGUCAGAACUAUAGUCAACCACCACCUGCUACAGCUGCUGUCGCUGCCGCUGCUCCUAUCGCUCAAUCAACAGACCCCAAAGGAAGUCACGAAGAACUCUCAGAAGCUGAGAAAAAGUUUGAUAAAGAAUUCGCUGCUUGGGAAGCUCAGUUUAAUAAAUGGAGAGAACAAAAUGCUAAUCAUCCAGAUAAAGUUCAGUAUAAAGAAUAUGAAAAAAAGUGGGAAUCUUGGAGAAAUUCACUCCUAGAAAGGCGCGAACAAAUGAGGCGUAAGAGAGUUGCAUUGCAAGCAACUUCCGCACCAAAGAGUCAAUCUUCUUUAUCAAAUCAAGAUACAUUGAUUAAUAAAACUGACAUUACUGCAGCUCAACCUUCAUCUUUAGGUGCUGCUUAUAAUGAGAGUGCUUUACCAGCGACAAAUGAUCUAUUCAAUAAACCCCCACCAAAUGAGAAUAAUGAUCCAUUAACCUUUAAACCUAAAGAUGGAGGAUUUUUAACUACAGGUUCGUCCUCUGAAGGAAUUCCUGGGCUUGAUCUGGUUAAAGACGACACUAAAGAAGAAUUGCCGGAUAGAUCAGAAGAAAUUCAAGAUGAAGCUGAAGAAGGGGAUACCAAAGCCAAAUCGAAACUACCAGACUUUGAGGCGAUCUCCAAAGGAAUCAACACAAUUCUCGGAGAUCAGAAACUGCUUAGCAUGCUAUCGAUGGUUUCGCAGAAUGCACCUCCUGCUGUAGCUUCUACUAAUGUCACUACAGAUACCGUUUCGAAUAUUGCACCAAACUAUGGACAGAACUUUUCGUUGCCGCCACCUAAUUUCCAACAGUAUCCUAAUAGCUACACCGCUCCUCCUCCACCUUAUCAAGAUCCCUAUUAUCAACAGGCUAGAUCCAGUACUAACGAUUACUUUCAAAAAGGUCAAUUUGACGGUCCACCUCCAAAUGUCCCAGCCAUGCACAGCAAAGUAGAUGACUACAGUAAUCCUCCACCUAUAUCUAAUAAUACAAAAGGUAUGGGAAAUGUCCCAAGUAACUAUGGUAGUGGAGCAAGAGGUUUAGAUAAUCAGUUCUCAAGAGAUCCCCCUCAAUAUGGUAAAGACAGCGAUAAUUAUUAUCGCAAUGAUAACAGAAACGAUAAUUUCUCAAACGACAGAUUUUCUUCAAAGAAUAACCUUAAUAGAGAAGAUGAUUACUCAAAUGAUAAUUAUUAUAAAGAUAAUUACGGAAAGAAUCGUUAUGAUAGCGGGAAUAAAUUCGACGACGAUGACGUGGAUUAUGAUAACUAUAACGAUGACGAGGAUUACGACAAAUACAAUGAUAUGUUUCAAGAAGACGAAGAAGAUUCUUAUCAAGAAGAUCGUGGACGUCAGCCCCACCAUCAAAGGCAAUUCAAAUCUUCAAUGGAUCAACCACAAAAGCCGUUUAUGAACCAGUCGCAAAAUCAAAUAAAGUCGUUGAUGGAUCAACCAAAAAUCCAACCUUUGAUGAGUCAGGUACACCAACCGCCACCCAAAAUUCCAUCUUUGAUGGAUACGCCAAUUUUGUCACGAGAUUUAAAGGAUAAUGAUUUUGAUACUAAAGAUCCUUAUGACGAUUUUCCGCUGUUUGAGCCUGCCAAAGUUAUUGAUUAUGAGCAUGUGUCGCAGACACAAGAAGACGACUCGGUUUCUAUCGAGCCAGUAAACAUGUUCGAUUACAAACACAAACCGGUUAAUUGCGUCCCGCAUAUACAUAGACCGAAAUGGCUUGCAGAAGCUAUAAAAUUCAUCAGGGAAUUCGAUCCCUUAGCACAGCGUUAUGAUUAUGAACGAAUUAUUCCACCAUCAGAGGCAAGAUAUUCUGCUCAAAGAGGUGAAAACCGGUUUAGAUACGAUGAACGAGACAGGGAUGUGGGAAGAAAUCGACAAGAGAGAUCAUUUGACAGAGAUGACUAUCGUCGAAAUAGCAGGAGAAGUGAAGAUGACACUAGAGGCAGAAACGGAAGUCGAGACAGGGACAGAAGUAGAGAAGGAUACAGAGCUAAGGACCAUGAUAAUAAUAGGAAACAGAAAAAUAAUCGUGAUAACCGCAAAAGAACUAGCAAAAUAUCUUCCAAAGAUUUUGACGAAUUGUCUGAUGCGGAUAUGGAUUUCGAAGAAGUUGAGCAAUCUCGACACCAUUCCGAACAGAGUAGUCGACGAAGCAGAAGUCCAGAAUUAAGUAAUCCUCCGAAUCCUGCAUCAAAGCAAUUCGAAAUAACGAUGAUAGAAGACAUUAUCAAUCCUCCAGGUCGUUUUAACAGGCCGCCUCGUAUUGUUAUUAUUUUAAGGGGCCCUCCAGGUAGUGGAAAGACCCAUCUCGCUAAGUUAAUUAAAGAUAAGGAAAUUGAAAAUGGUGGAUCCGCACCUAGAAUUUUAUCAUUGGACGAUUAUUUCAUGGUCGAACAUGAAAAGAAAGUAGUUGAAGACGGGAAAACGCAAUUUAUUAAAGAAAUGGUGUAUGAAUAUGAAGCAGAAAUGGAAGAGUCAUACAGGCAAUCGUUUAUGAGGUCAUUUAAGAAAACUAUCACUGAUGGAUACUUUCCAUUUAUUGUAGUUGAUAACGUCAAUGACAAAGUUAAAUAUUUCGGUGAAAUGUGGAGUUUUGCCAAGCAAAACGGUUUUCAGGUAUACAUAUGUCAGUUGGACUUGGAUCCAGUCCAAUGCUAUAAAAGAAACAUACACAACAGAAGCGAAGUCGAAAUAGAGGAUAUAAUCUCGGGCUGGGAGCCUACCCCCUCCCAUCAUCCGACAAUAGACGCUUCCAGUUUACUACAAAAUUCCAAUAUCGCAGAAGUUGAAAUGGAAGUGGAAGAUGAGAAGAGUUCGGAACCAACCGAGACCAAUGAUCCAGAGGACCACGUAAGAAGCAAAUGGGACAAUUUCGACUGUUCUAAUAAUAAUCUCGCCAAGCUCGAUGGCGUCAACAAACCCCUCCGUAAAUCGCGAACCAUGGAAGAAUACCUUCAACUCGAGGAGUGGAGCCCCCCAAAAUCAGUCCAACCGGGGAAAAAGAGGGUUCGGUGGGCCGAUUUGGAGGAACAGAGGAACGUGGAGAAGAUGAGGGCCAUCGGAUUCGUGGUAGGCCAGACUGAUUGGGAUAGAAUGAUGGACCCGACAGGCAGUAGGGCACUCACUAAAACCAAGUACAUUGAACGCGUUUCGCGAGGUCGUAGAUAAGAAUACUGUAAUAAUUCUUUUUUAUAUUAAUUGAUGAUUUGUAGGUAUUUAUGGAAAAUAAAUAUAUUAAGUGAGUCGUUAAA